GUAUCUUUUGUAAAGCCCGCCAGCUCUUCUUGGUCACCGAGUUUGUGUCGGGUGGCACGCUGCAAGAUUGGGUCUUGGACCUUGAGCGCCCGAUGUCUUGGCACCUUCGCUGUAAGCUUGCCGUUGAGAUUGCAAGUGGAGGCGCGUACAUCCACGCACGCAAUAUCAUCCAUCGCGAUCUUAAGGUGCGCCGCGCCUCGCUGGCUCUUCUGUUGAUGCCUCGGCUAGCCUCAUGCCGUUUUGAUGCCGAUCAGCCGGAGAACAUCAUGAUUCGAGCCGAGGACUGCACUGCCGUUAUUGUUGACUUUGGCCUCGCUCGCACCAUGCCUGGAAUGGUCGAGGUGUCGGGCCGUUCACCUUUCCUCAUGCGCAAGACGGGAACCCGGCGUUACUCAAGCCACGAGCUGUCUCUUUUUCGUGAACGAUUCAGCGCAGCAGUUGCGGCUGCACCACGUCGGGCAUCUGCUUUGCCAGCGUCCUCGACGUCUGUGCCCCGGGCCUCAUCACCCUUGAAAGCAGCCCCGGCCCCCAGAGCCGCAAGUGAUGAUAAAAUCUCCAUGUCAAUUGUCGGCUCGCCGUUCUGGAUGGCCCCCGAGGUCAUGAAGGGCAAGUAUGGUCUUGCGGCUGACGUUUUCAGCUUUGGAAUCGUUCUCGCCGAGCUGAUCUCGCGCGUCUCGGCGGACCCCGACCACAUGCCGCGCACCAACGCCUUUGGGGUCGAUGAGGGGCGGUUUGUGGAGCAAUAUGCAGCGGGUUGUCCCGAUCUGCUAUUACGCACCGCGCUCAACUGUGCGCAAGUGGCUUCGGAACAUCGACCUACCUUUGCUGAAGCCGAAGCCAAGUUGCGUGCUCAAGUCAUGUUACUCAACGAGGGCACAUAUGGAGAGGUUUUGGCAGACGUUGCGUCAGACGGAGAUCUGCUGAGAGAAAUAGAGGUGUAGCACUUGUAGGAUAGGAGCACUCUGUACAUGCGGAUGUUAACAAUUAUUUUUUCUUCUUGUCACUUAGUCGCCAAAUGUGCAAUGAGGACAAUAUUUAUUGCACUAUUUCUCUUCAGCGUGCAUCAGAAAAACUUCAAUGACAAAGCUAAGAAUCGAUUCAGUGUAUCGUG